AUGCGUGCUCCAUUGGCCGAGAAUUCCCGGACAAAGCGCAUCAUGUCUGAGGUAGAUGGCAAGAUCCCCUCGGGCACUGCCCUAUCAUUCAAGCCCAGUCCAACCGUUCCGCUGUUCAGCGAUCUGGCGGAUGUGUACCCCGACAGCACAGGCGUUGCUGAGCGGUAUAAGCAAAUUGCCACGGCAUUCGAGCUGGCUUACGGCGCCAAACCGGACUUUUAUGCCCGCGCACCUGGCCGCGUCAAUCUGAUCGGUGAGCACAUCGAUUACGAGGGCUACGGCGUGCUUCCCAUGGCGAUACGGCAGGAUACGGUGGUUGCCAUCCGUACUGCCCCCGGUACGGACAAAUUGGUGAUCGGGAAUGUGGAAGCUUCUAGGUACCCCACCGCGGAGUUCGGGUUGGACCCGACUCAGGAGGUGGACGUGGGGAAGCACUCCUGGGCCAACUACUUCCUGUCGGCGUACAAGGGUGUGUUUGAGCUGCUCAAGGCCACUCGUCCGGACUCGGUUCCGGAGCCCGUGGGGCUGCAGGUUGUCGUACAUGGCCAGGUGCCCACUGGUUCGGGUCUGUCGUCCUCCGCAGCCAUCGUUUGCUCGUCCAUGCUUGCCGUACUGUCGGCGCUUGGGGUGCCGCCUGCGGAGCUCGACAAGGCGGCGGUGGCGGAAGCGGCUUGCAAGGCCGAGCGCUAUGUCGGGGUCACCAGCGGCGGCAUGGACCAAGCCAUCUCCAUGAUGGGCCAACAGGGGGUGGCCAUGCACGUGGAAUUCAACCCGGUUCGCGGCGUGUGUGUCGUACUGCCUGAGGGGGGUACCUUCGUCAUUGCCAACUCACUCGCCGUAUCCAAUAAGGCCGAGACCGCACCCAAACGGUACAACCUCCGUGUCGUGGAAUGCCGCCUGGCUGCCGUACUGCUGGCCAUGAAGUUGGGAAUGAGCGCCGAGGACGCCCUGGGCAAGAUCCGAACCCUGCGUGAUGUCGAGCCCCUCAUUGCCGAAAAGUACGGCAAUGCGGACGGUGCGACAUGUGCCAACGCGGUUUCGGAGCACCUCGCCGAGCAGUACGGCAUGGCCGAGAUCGAGGAUGCGCUUGGUGGUCGAAAGCUGGGGGAGCUGUUCUCCGGCGAGGCAGGCUCCCUCCGCGCGCUGGCAGUGGCCGAGGCCGACAAGUACGGCUUCCCGCUUCGGAAGCGUGCCGUACAUGUGUUUUCGGAGGCGCAGCGCGUGCUUGACUUCCGGACAGUGUGCGAGGAUGUGUCGUUGUCCCCGGCCGAGCGCCUCACUCGUCUGGGGGGCCUUAUGAAUGACUCCCACGGAUCAUGUGCGGAUCUGUACGGCUGCAGUUGUGACGAGCUGGACGAGCUGGUGGCGGUUGCGCGAGGCGGGGGGGCUCUGGGGGCGCGGCUGACAGGUGCGGGCUGGGGUGGCUGUACGGUAUCUCUUGUACGGGAUGCGGACGUGGAGGCCUUCCUCGAGACGCUCAAGGACAAGUACUACAAGUCCUAUUUGACGGCGGAAUCGAACAGUAUUCCCAUGAUGUGCCGUACUCCUGUACGUCUUGUACGACAAGAGUACGAAUGGACGACCUAUGAAAAGCUAGAGCCACCUCCGAAGCCUCUUUCUUCCUUCUCAUGA